CGCAGCCAUGUCGUCUUCAGCGGCGGCGCGCAGCCGCCGGGCCGGGGCCGAGGGGGGAGCCCCCGCCGGAGCCCCCGCGCCCGGCGAUGCGGAGCGGGGUAUGGCGGCGCCGGGCCUUUCGCUCUGCCUCAAGCUGUUGGCGGCGGCCUUCUACGGGCUCAGCUCCUUCCUCAUCGUCGUCGUCAACAAGAGCGUCCUCACCACCUACGGGUUCCCCUCCUCGCUGUGCGUGGGGCUGGGCCAGAUGCUGGCGACGGUGGCGGUGCUCUGGGCGGGCAAGGCGCUGCGGGUGGUCAAGUUCCCCGACCUCGACCGGCACGUCCCCCGGCGGACCUUUCCUCUACCUCUCCUGUAUUUCGGGAACCAGAUCACAGGACUGUUCAGCACAAAGAAACUGAACCUGCCGAUGUUCACCGUCCUGCGGAGGUUUUCCAUCCUCUUCACGAUGUUUGCCGAAGGAUUCUUGCUCAAGAAGAAGUUUUCCUGGAGCGUUCAGAUGACGGUGUUCGCUAUGAUCAUCGGUGCCUUCGUGGCUGCUAGUGCCGACUUGGCGUUCGAUCUGGAAGGAUAUAUUUUUAUCCUUAUUAACGAUGCCUUAACAGCUGCAAACGGUGCCUAUGUGAAACAGAAGCUGGAUUCUAAGGAGCUGGGAAAAUACGGUCUGCUCUAUUACAAUGCACUGUUCAUGAUCCUGCCCACCUUGACCAUCGCCUACUUCACCGGAGACGCGCAGAAGGCGAUGGCGUACCAGGGCUGGGCGGACACGCUCUUCAUCGUGCAGUUCACGCUGUCGUGUGUCAUGGGGUUUAUUUUGAUGUACUCCACGGUUCUUUGCACUCAGUAUAAUUCUGCGCUUACAACUACAAUAGUUGGCUGCAUUAAGAAUAUUUUAAUAACCUAUAUUGGGAUGUUUUUCGGAGGAGACUAUAUUUUUACAUGGACGAACUUCAUUGGUCUAAAUAUCAGUAUUGCUGGAAGCCUGGUGUAUUCCUACAUCACUUUCACGGAGGAGCAGAUGAGCAAGCAGUCCGACGCCGGCCUCAAGCUGGAUAUUAAAGGAAAAAGCUCUGUGUGAUCCGGGAAAGGUGAUUUUCUUGGAAUCAACCGAUUCCUGUUCAGCUGAUCACGGGCAGAAUGCGGGAAGGAAUCCGGAGCGUCUGCCACGGAGUAACGGCGAUGCUCUUAAUUUGCACAAUCUAGAUUGCUGCCUUCACAAAUUAUCGGGAAGAUAACUGACCGCGCGGUGAAGAAUCCCUCUUAAUUAAGUCCAAUCGUGAGGAAUUAAUGGGUUUCUAAUCACGCUGAGAUUAGAAACCGUGGCGGACCCCCCUCUCGCAGGGGAGCGGAGCGAGGCGGGGGAGCACCUUGUAGCCCCCCCAGCAAAGCUGCUCCUGCAGGAUGCUCCUGGUUUGGGCCAAAACCCUGUUGAUGAACGUUCAGUGCUCCCUGAACUUACAUUUGUUAGUGUUGGGGUGUGGUUUUUUUGUUGUUUUAACCCGCUUUUAAAGCUGGGUUUGCCCUCCUUGGUUUCUAAGAGCCCUGCAAGCAUUCACCCCCCUCCCUCCUGCCCGAGGGCACUUCCCCAAGGCUCAGGGACCUUCCCAAGGGGAAGGUGUUACCCAGCACCGUGAGCUCAGCAGGGCCGGCAGCCUCCCUCCAACCACCAUGGGGCCGGAAUCCCUUGGAUUUGGGCAAGCUGUGGCCGUGCCAGGGCUGGUCCCGGUGGAGGGAUCCAAGGGGGGGUCGCCGUGGGGUUGGCAGGGGAGCUGGUGUCCCACCCAGCACGCGGAGCCCCUCUGUGCGGGCCAUGGGCUGCCGCUCCCUCAGGCCCCUUCCACCCCUCCGCACCGGCCACCGGGGCCCGAAUCCCGGUGUUUUGGCAAGCGGCUGGGGAACUGGUGGGGCGGGUGGCUUGUCCCCGCAGCACCGAGGGCACGUGGCGUGUCCCGCGCUGUAGCACCAAGGCCUCUCCCGCGGGUCUCUGAUGUAACGUCAGCUUGGGGUUGUGACUUGUUAAAAACAAAACAAAAACGGGAUUUUUAAUAUGUCAGGCAGUGCUAACUGAUUUUUUUUUUUUUUAAAGGUUGUCUUACACAGCACUUCUUUCUACAUCUCUUUGGAUUGUCUCUUGAUUUAAAAAGAAUUGUUUAUAAUUUUGGUUAAAAAAAAAAAAUAAUUUGGUAAAACUCUUGAGGUUUUUGUAUACGUUCCUUUGGUAAGCAGGACAAUAGCUUCUCUCGCCAGUGGCAUUUCUUUCUGGAAGAUAUUCGUUAAAAAAAAAUCUAAAACUGCUGUUUGGCGAAGCUGCGUUUAUUGAAGUGCUUAACGUUGGAAGUUUUUAUAUUGUGACGGUGAAUUUUUCUGUAACGGUGCUGCAAAAGCCCCAUGUGCUGGCAAACCUGCCAUUCCCUGCGCUGCCGCCCGCUCCGGAAUCCCGUCGGAGUUACUGGUGCCCGUACUGGUUCCCAGCAGCCGGACGGUGCUGGUCCCAGCAGCUCCCCCCUCCUUCAGCCGCACCUGGGCGCUCGCUUGAACAGAAAUAUUUGCAAAUCACUUUUCCGCCACGUUUGCUCGGAACUGGGCCGUGCCGAGGCGUCGGCAGUCGGGAUGUCCAUUCUGUCACAAGUUUUGAUUUUUUUUUUUGUUUGGGUUGUUUUUUGGUUUUUUGUUUUGUUUUUUUUUUUUUUUUUGAAUCUACUGGUUAGAUUUGUCGGCCAAAAGGUAAAAUAUUUUUAAAGCUUAUUUCGUUUGUAACUGGGCCCCCCUCAGUGCCAGGGUCUGGAUGGUGUUGUAUACACUGGGAAAGCACAGAGCUCCUACAACAGUAUUUUCUAUGCUAUUAAUUGACUAAAAGUUUGUUUUCUAUAUAGAAUCUAUCUACAAAAUGACCAUUUUAGUGAUUAAAAGGGUGACCGUUUUAGUUGAAUGUAUGGCAGGCUUUCUAUGUCGGUCAGUGAUGAUAGCAAAAAAAAGGAUUUUAUGUGCCUAUGUAUUUUUGUACUGGCUUCCAAUAAACCAAUGACCUUCCCUCCUCCUCUUCCUCCCUCGCCUGCUCUUCCUCUCCCGCAGCCAGCCCCGGAGUACUGGGGCCAUCAAGGCUGAUGGGGAAUAAAACUGGGGUGCAGUCUUGUGCCUUACCGGGCUUUCGAUUUAAGAAAUAGAAAUGACCCCGCAGGUAACCCACCGCCCUGCCUCCUCCCCUCCGUCCUCCGUGGCAGCGCUGCCGGGAGCGACCCGGUUUUAGAAAGAAACGGUUCAAAGUUGAAUCAGAAAAAGGGUAUUUUGUUGCUGGGGGUUUUCCCCGCAGCAGCUCGAGUCGCGGCCGCGCUGCCAGCAGGGGUUGGGGUGUUGGCAGCGAUGCUCUGCCCCCUCUUUUCAUCGAGAAACUCAGGACAUUUUUUUUUAUGCAGACAGUUCUGUUUAAAAAAAAAAUAAAAAUAUUUUAAUAUUUUAAUAAGCUUUUUCAGAAUUGCAGACAGGGAGCGGGGAUAAGAGAAGGGAAUGACUAACAGUGCAAAAUUACUAUGUGUGGAAAGAAAAAACGUAUAAAACUAAUUUGUAGAUUUUGUGUGUGUA